AGAGAAACACCAACAAAGAAGGAGAGAGGCCUGCAGAGUCACGUGGGGGCAGAGACCAAUUGGGCCUCCGGUGGCCCCCCCACCCAGGGCGGGGAGGAGGAGGAGGAGGACGGACGGACAGGGCCAGCCUACUGUCCGCCCGCCGCCCGCUGUGGCGUGAAGGAGUUCUUGUGUGCCCACGGUCGCCACUGCCCCACCUGGGCUGCUGGAGCUUCCCCUUGGAGCCCCCGGUGCCCACUGUCCACCACCAUCCAGCGUGAGAGCUCGCCUUCCGCUCCGUGGACGCCGCGGGCAUGGACUAUUCCUACGACGAGGACCUGGACGAACUGUGCCCCGUGUGUGGGGACAAGGUGUCUGGCUACCACUACGGGCUGCUCACAUGCGAGAGCUGUAAGGGCUUCUUCAAGCGCACGGUGCAGAACAACAAGCACUACACGUGCACCGAGAGUCAGAGCUGCAAGAUCGACAAGACGCAGCGCAAGCGCUGUCCCUUCUGCCGCUUCCAGAAGUGCCUGACGGUGGGGAUGCGCCUGGAAGCCGUGCGUGCUGACCGCAUGCGGGGUGGCCGGAACAAGUUUGGGCCCAUGUACAAGCGGGACCGGGCCCUGAAGCAGCAGAAGAAGGCACAGAUUCGAGCCAAUGGCUUCAAGCUGGAGACAGGCCCCCCAAUGGGGGUGGCCCCACCACCGCCUCCCCCGCCGGACUACAUGCUGCCCCCUGGCCUGCAUGCACCUGAGCCCAAGGGCCUGGCCGCUGGUCCACCUACUGGGCCACUGGGCGACUUUGGGGCUCCGACGCUGCCGAUGGCUGUACCCAGCGCCCACGGGCCACUGGCUGGCUACCUCUAUCCUGCCUUCCCUGGCCGCGCCAUCAAGUCUGAGUACCCGGAGCCCUACGCCAGCCCCCCGCAGCCCGGGCCGCCCUACGGCUACCCAGAGCCCUUCUCCGGAGGGCCUGGCGUGCCCGAGCUCAUCGUGCAGCUGCUGCAGCUGGAGCCGGACGAGGACCAGGUACGGGCGCGCAUCGUGGGCUGCCUGCAGGAACCAGCCAAAGGCCGCCCCGACCAGCCUGCGCCCUUCAGCCUCCUGUGCAGGAUGGCCGACCAGACCUUCAUUUCCAUCGUGGACUGGGCGCGCAGGUGCAUGGUCUUCAAGGAGCUGGAGGUGGCCGAUCAGAUGACACUGCUGCAGAACUGCUGGAGUGAGCUGCUAGUGUUCGACCACAUCUACCGCCAGAUCCAGCAUGGCAAGGAGGGCAGCAUCCUGCUGGUCACCGGGCAGGAGGUGGAGCUGACCACGGUGGCUGCCCAGGCAGGCUCCCUGCUGCAUGGCCUGGUGCUGCGGGCACAGGAGCUGGUGCUGCAGCUGCAUGCGCUGCAGCUGGACCGCCAGGAGUUCGUCUGCCUCAAGUUCCUCAUUCUCUUCAGCCUGGAUGUGAAGUUUCUGAAUAACCACAGCCUGGUCAAGGACGCUCAGGAGAAGGCGAACGCUGCCCUGCUUGAUUACACCCUGUGCCACUACCCGCACUGCGGGGACAAAUUCCAGCAGCUGCUGCUGUGCCUCGUGGAGGUGCGGGCGCUGAGCAUGCAGGCCAAGGAAUACCUGUACCACAAGCACCUGGGCAACGAGAUGCCCCGAAACAACCUGCUCAUUGAGAUGCUGCAGGCCAAGCAGACUUGAGCUUGGGCCCGAGGUGGGGGAGGGGGGCGGGCCGGGGCUUGGGGAGGGGCCGCAGCACCCCCACGGCCUCCGGGUGGUUUAUUUUAUUAUGCGGACCCAGGACCCCACCACGGAGGCCCCUGCCCCUGAGCCCUCUGAAGCUCUGUGUUUGGGAAGGUGGGUGAAAGGUGGGCAGGGCCUGGCUGAGGUGGGGUGGUCCCCCCCACUGGCACUUGGCAUCCACUCAAAGUGGCCCAAGGAGGUGGCUGCUAACCACUCCCUCCCUCUCCCCACCCCCCCGCCCCCAGCUGUCUGUCCUGGGGACUGGAGCACAGGCCCGGGGAGGAGGUUUGGAUUCCCCAGUGGGCCUCCGUGUCCUUUGAGUCAGAGGUCAUCUGUCCCCUCUCUCCUGCAGACAGAAGCAGAGGGAGUUGAGCAGACAGCAGCCGGGGGGAGCAGGGAGGGCUUCCAGAAUUUCCUCCCAGAAGCCAGGAGGGCCGCCCUCUGUUUUGUAAACCAGGGCUAACAAGAGUCUGCGAAAUUAGACAAGGGACUGGUGGAGCCUAGAGGACACUGGGAGAACUGGUCAGGCCCCGACGACCCCCUCCCUCAACCUUCUACCCAUCUGACUCCUGCAGGGGGGAUCUUGGAUGUGUUCUCUGAAAAGAAUUUUGCUACAAUCAUCUUUCUAACCCUCUCCCAGCAGGGGAGAACCUGGGCACAUGCCAGCCCCACCCACAGGUGGCCCAUCCAGGCUGGUAUUUGUCUGCAAGGCUGUAGUCAAGAAGUUGCUUGUUUGUUUGUUUCUGUUUUAUUUGUCUUUUAAUUCAGAUACUCCUUGAAAGGUGUGUAUGUGGACGGGCAGGGGGCAGAUCUGAGGAUCGAGGCUGGGAUGUGGGGCUUAGCACCAAAUACAGUCCCUGGCUCCCCCAAACACCCUCAUACCAAGCACCCCACGGUUGGUGCUGGGUCGUUAUUUCUGAGCCCCCACUCCAAUCCAGAGAAGAACUCCCCCCUCCUGCGCCGCCACUAGAUGAACAGCAGGAUGGCUUGUGGGGGGCUCGGAGUCUCUGUGGGUGGGAAUACGGUGACCUUGGGGACAGUAUCUGGAUUCCAGAUCAGGGACAUUGCUGAUGAGCCCUCUUUCACUGGCCCCAUCCCAUUGGGUCCCUUGCUUCAAACCCUUGAUGCGGGGCCUCAACGCCUGUCCUAUGUCCUGAAAGACACUCUCCGGGGCCAGGCCUAAGGGACAGUCCUCUGUCUCCGGGCCGGGCGUCUGCUGUCUGUCCUGCUUUCAUGUUGCCGCUGCAGCUUGCACUGAGCCCGCCUAGUUGGAGAUGACUGGGCAUUCCUGCCCCCGCCUUCCACCACCCCAUCUCAGUCCCUACUCCUCCCCCCGAAACCUGUGCCCUGGCCAGGCUGGAGACCCCCAGCCCCCAAACGAGAAGUGCCCUUAAGAACCCCCCAGCCCUCGCAGUCCUGGAAUAAAUUUUGCAAUUAGUUUCCAGCUA